AUGAGCAGCUUCUUCGGAUUCAAAAAGUCCGCGAAACAGGAAGACGCUGUUGACAAGGGGCCAGUUACGCAUGAGGUCAUUCUGCAUCCCCCCCAGAGCUCGAACCUCCUGCCGCCCAAGCCCAAGCAGGACGGCGAUGACGAUAAAGCCCAGCAGCUGCGCGCUUUCCUUGACGAGCACCGCGCAGCACAUCCCUGUGAUCCCGAGUACGAGCCAUACGAGAUUCGCUGGAUGAACAAUGAGAUGAUGUACCACCGCGUGCUCCGCUCCGUGCGCAGCGAUAUUAAGCAGGCGAAGAAGCGCAUCCUGGUACGUUGGCACGCACUCAUACCCGACAGGAAACGCUUGAGUGGCGUCGCGGCUACCGCCCCGAAGUCAUCGCACCCGAUGAAGUGGCGCCUGAAGCCGAGACUGGGAAGCACGUCAUUACCGGCUUCGAUAAGGACUCGCGCCCCAUCCUCUAUCUGCGUCCCGGGCGAGAAAAUACCAAACCGUCGCCGCGGCAGAUCCGGUACAUGGUCUGGAGCCUUGAGCGCUGCAUCGGUAUGUACACAACUUCUCACCGCAGACUUGAUGCAACCCGGCCAGGAAUCGAUCACCAUUGUUGUGGAUUUCCACGGAGCGAGCCUUUCGACCAUGCCGUCCCUGCCCACGGCCCGGCAUGUGGCCAAUAUCCUCCAGGCCUACUACUGCGAGCGCUUGGGCCGUGCCUUUGUCGUGCACAUGCCGCGCUUCAUUUCUGCCUUCUUUAACGCCCUGUCGCCCUUUUUGGAUCCCGUGACGAAGGACAAAAUUCGGUUCAACGACAAUGCCAUGACGGAGUUUAUUGAGCCGGACCAACUCGACGCGCAGUUCCACGGCGGCACGUACAACUACAAGUUCGAUUUCCCGACGUAUUGGUCGUCGCUGACGCAGCGCUGCGGGAUCAGCCACGAUGGACGACGCACUGCAUAG